AUGAUAUCGGGGCAGAAUCACACCGCAGUGACAAGAUUCAUCCUGCUGGGCCUCACAGACCAGGCAGACCAAAAACAACUCCUCUUUGCCGUCUUCCUGAUGAUCUGCACCGUGACACUGGCGGGCAACCUGGGCAUGAUAGACCUGAUCCGUGCCAGCUCCGCCCUCCACACCCCCAUGUACUUUCUUCUGAGCGUGCUCUCCUUCCUGGACACCUGCAAUUCCUCCGUGUUCACCCCCGGGCUGCUGAUCAGCAUCCUCACCACGGACCGGUCCAUCUCGUUUACAGGCUGUGUGGUCCAGAUGGCCUCCGUGAUCCUCCACGGCACAGGGGACCUGCUCUUGGCCAUAAUGGCCUAUGAUCGAUUUGUGGCCAUCUGCCACCCUCUCCUCUACCACGCCAUCAUGUCUAAGCGUUUGUGCAUCCAGCUGGUAAUGGUCACCUACGCUGCGGGAGUGUUCGUUUCAGCUCCGCAGACAAGGAAUGCCUUCAUCUUGCCCUACUGUGGUCCCAACGUCAUUGAUCGUUUCUUCUGUGACAUCCUCCCUGUGCUCCAACUGGCCUGCUCAGACACCACAGUGGCCAACGUCAUCCUGCUUUGCCUCUCUGCCUGGGUCACUGUCCCCAUGGUCUCAGCCGUCUUGAUCUCUUAUGCCUUCAUCCUGGUCACAAUCUGUAGGAUGAGGUCCCUGGAGGCCCAGCACAAAGCUUUCUCCACUUGUGCCUCCCACCACUGCCUCUCCCUCUUCUACGGGUCUGUGUUCUUUGUCUAUGUCCAACCCAACCCUGGAAGUGCUGCAGCCUAUAACAAGGGCCUCUCUGUGUUCUACACCAUUGUGAUCCCCAUGCUGAACCCCCUGGUCUACAGCUUAAGGAACAAAGAUGUCGAGGCUGCUGUACAAAUUAGGGUCCUUAACUUCAGCAGAAAAGGAAUUUGUUAG